UUUACUCAAAACAACAAAGGGCAACCAGAUCCCCGUCUCGUAUGAGUGGAAGCUCGAUCAAGGAUAUCACUACAGUUAUUUUUAUAGGGUGAUUUUAAUUAUUUUCUCUAUUAAUUCGACACGAUUUAAUUUAUUCUCGAAGCUUUUCAUCAAACCCACCGGCAUGGUAACAUCCAAUAUCAAGUAAUAUUGCUGACAUGAUUAGAGUUUUGCAAAAGCCAACCAGUGGCAGUACCAUUCUUGAGACAGUUCAAUCUAUGUAACCAACUUAAUUCGGAGAUUUGGAAAUUUUGCAUGGUUGAUAGUGAUUCUAAGAUUGGAAUGUAAGUACAUUUUUGCAACAUGGAUCACGGACAUCGACCUAAAUAUCGAAUGGAAACAAGAAGAUUGCUUUGGCUAUUGGGGGUAACAUUUGCGGUAGUUAUGGUUUUUCAGCAUUUUGAACUUCCAUAUGGCAGUGUUUUAUCAUCUCUACUUUCCACAGGCAAAGUUUCAUUCCAGGGAAAAAGCAGCUUUCCUGCUGGACAUGAACCGUCUAACUCUGAGUUGGUUGGCAACACCACACUGUUAAAUGAUUUGAACUCAACUAAGACAAUUGAAGCCUCCAAUUUGAUGAAAGAAACGAAUGGUGGGAAUGAUGGAAAUAACAGAGUACCCAAGAAUGAUGUUGUAUCAGAAACCAAAGGAAGAUCAAAUGGUGCUUCUGAAUUUCUUAAUCAAGGAAGUUCACUUGGGAAUCUUGAAGAACAAAACAAAAAUUUGAGCCUGGUCAAAUUUGAAAAUUCAGAAAAUGGUGGUGCACUAGAGAAGCCUGGGGAAGCUGAACACAGUAUUUCCUCAAAGAAUGUAACUACAGACAUGCAUACUGAGGAUGAAAAACCUGGUCCACUGCAGAGUAAUCUUACCCUGUCAAACUAUAGUUCUCCCGUGGUGAACAAAAGGUCUGAAACACCAACAUCAGAAGUAAUGUCAAUAUCCAAGAUGAAUUCUUUAUUGCUGCUGAGUCGCGUUUCACCCCAAUCAGCGGCACCUCAAUGGUCUUCAUUGGUUGAUCAAGAACUGCUAUAUGCAAAAGCACAGAUAGAGAAUGCACCCAAUAUCGAGAAUGAUGCAGAACUUUACUGUCCUCUUUAUCGGAAUGUUUCAAUGUUUAAGAGGAGCUAUGAGUUAAUGGAAAACAUGCUCAAAGUAUACAUCUACAAGGAAGGAGAAAAACCCAUCUUCCAUGAGUCAAUACUUGAAGGAAUAUACUCUUCUGAGGGAUGGUUCAUCAAGUUGAUGGAAGCAAGCAAACAUUUUGUUACGGAAGACCCUACAAGAGCUCAUCUAUUUUUCUUGCCCUUUAGUUCCCGAUUGCUAGAAUUAACACUCUAUGUGCAUAAUUCACACAGUCGUAGUAACCUAAUCGAGUACAUGAAGAAUCAUGUGGAAAUGCUUGCAGCAACGCAUCCUUUCUGGAACAGAACUGGUGGAGCAGAUCAUUUUCUUACUGCUUGCCACGACUGGGCCCCAGCUGAGACAAGAGGACGUAUAGCCAAUUGCCUCAGAGCCCUGUGCAAUGCUGAUCUCCAAAUAGGCUUCAACAUAGGCAAGGAUGUUUCUCUUCCAACGACGUAUGUACGCUCAUCUGAAAAUCCCCUCAAAGGUAUCGGAGGUGAGCUUCCUUCCGAGAGGCCAAUCCUCGCUUUCUUUGCAGGGUACAUGCAUGGUAAAGUCCGACCAGUCCUGUUGAAGUACUGGGGAAACAAAGAUCCCAACAUGAAAAUCUUCACCCGACUGCCCCCUGUCAGGGGUAACAAAAACUACAUCCAGCACAUGAAGAGCAGCAAGUACUGCAUUUGUGCAAGAGGCUUUGCAGUCCACAGCCCACGUGUUGUGGAGUCUAUCUUGUACGAGUGUGUCCCGGUUAUUAUAUCCGACAACUAUGUGCCUCCCUUUUUUGAGGUUUUGAACUGGGAAUCGUUUGCUGUUUUCGUCUUGGAAAAGGAUAUUCCGGACUUGAAGAAUAUACUCCUUUCUAUACCGGAGGAGAAGUAUCUCGAGAUGCAGAAGAGGGUGAAAGAGGUACAGCAGCAUUUUCUUUGGCAUGCUGAACCCGUUAAGUAUGAUUUGUUUCAUAUGAUUCUUCAUUCUAUUUGGUACAAUAGAGUCUUUCAAGUAAGACCCACUUAAAAUCUUUCCAUGAGGUUUUCAAUGGAAAAGGCUGCAGAGAUACAAUCUUCUUCUGCAUUUAGAAUUUUUUUAGCAGAUAUAGUUCAUACUGUUGUUGUUGACAGACUGUUGUUGUUGACAGAA